CCACUGUAACAGUUUUUCACAGGAACCGAAUAUUACACAACACCGGUCACUAGUUUUAAGUUUUUCGUGCUAUCUUUAAACAUUAUACGAAGUAAGUGCCUGUGUAAUCAUUAAGCCAGGGAAGACUACCAAAACAUGCACGCUUGUGAUGCUUGAAAUUGAAAAAGUGGCAACGUCGUCAUCGCUCGCGUUACAAAUUGAAAGUAAAGUUGGAGAAUCCCCAAGAAUCAGGAAGUUUAUGUUUCGCCAUUUUAACAGCAAGAAUGGAUUCUUUACAACACCGAGUAUCAAUGUGUUUAACAUGAAGCUUUAUAAUAAAUGUACGUGUAGUUAUUUAUAAGAAAAGGUGGAGAAUUUCUGUAUGCAAUGAAUGUUAUUUAAGAGUCAGUAUUGGAGAUCAGAUUCUGUUUCAAUUGUUCGGAUUCAUCAUGGAUGACACACAAACAUCCAGAGAUUUCUCUCCAGGCUGCAGUCCAGUUCAUCAGAAGAGAUCAGAACCAGAGUCCAGCUGUGUGUCUAUGAGGAGUGACGCAUCUAUGAACAAGCCACUACAUUUUAAGAGUGGAAAUACACAGUGUGAUCUCAGUUCAGUUCAUCAGAAGAGAUCAGAACCAGAGUCCAGCUGUGUGUCUAUGAGGAGUGACGCGUCUAUGAACAAGCCACUACAUUUUAAGAGUGGAAAUACACAGCCUGAUCUCCGUUCAGUUCAUCAGAAGAGAUCAGAACCAGAGUCCAGCUGUGUGUCUAUGAGGAGUGACGCAUCUAUGAACAAGCCACUACAUUUUAAGAGUGGAAAUACACAGUGUGAUCUCAGUUCAGUUCAUCAGAAGAGAUCAGAACCAGAGUCCAGCUGUGUGUCUAUGAGGAGUGACACGUCUAUGAUCAAGCCACUACAUUUUAAUACACAGCCUGAUCUCAGCCAUGAAGUCCUCAACACAUUUAGAUCAAAUCUGCUGAAGAAGUUUGAGUGUUUGUAUGAGGGAAUAUCAAAGCAGGGAAACCCAACACUCCUGAAUGAGAUCUACACAGAGCUCUACAUCACAGAGAGUGAAAGUGGAGAGAUCAGUAAUGAGCAUGAGGUGAGACAGAUUGAGACACAGUCCAGGAGAGCAGAAACAGAGGACACACCGAUCAAAUGCAGUGACAUCUUUAUACCUUUACCUGGACAAGACAAACCCAUCAGAACUGUGCUGACAAAGGGAGUCGCUGGCAUUGGAAAAACAGUCUCUGUGCAGAAGUUCAUCCUGGACUGGGCUGAAGGGAAAGAGAAUCAGGACGUCCAGCUCAUAUUUCCACUUCCUUUCAGAGAGCUCAACUUAAUGAAGGACAAAACACUCAGUCUUUCAGAUCUUCUUCAUGUCUUUUUCCCUGAAACAAAAGAAAUGGAAAUAUGCAGUGAUAAGUAUAAAGUUUCAUUCAUCUUUGAUGGUCUGGAUGAGUGUCGUCUGUCUCUGAACUUUAAGAGCAAAGUGAAACUGUGUAAUAUAUCUGAAUCAGCCUCAGUGGACGUGCUGCUGAUGAACCUCAUUGUGGGGAAUCUGCUUCCCUCUGCUCUCAUCUGGAUCACCUCCAGACCAGCAGCAGCUGAUCUCGUCCCCUCUGAGUGUGUCCAUCGAGUGACAGAGGUACGAGGCUUCAGUGACCCACAGAAGGAGGAAUACUUCAAGAAGAGAGUCAGUGAUCAGAGUCUGGCUGACAGGAUCAUCUCAAACCUGAAGUCAUCAAGGAGCCUCUUUAUUAUGUGUCACAUCCCAGUGUUCUGCUGGAUCUCAGCCACUGUUCUAGAGAAGAUGUUGAGUGAAGCAGAGAGAGGAGAGAUUCCCAAGACUCUCACUCAAAUGUACACACACUUCCUGAUCCUUCAGACCAACAUCAAACAUGAGAAGGACUAUGAGAAGAAAGUGAAAGAUGAAGACGUGAUUGUCAAACUGGGGAAACUGGCUUAUCAGCAGCUUCUGAAAGGCAACCUGAUCUUCUAUGAGGAAGACCUGAGAGAGUGUGGCAUUGAUGUGACCGAAGCAUCAGUGUACUCAGGAUUGUGCACUCAGAUCUUCAGAGAGGAGUUGGGCUUGUAUCAGGGGAAAGUCUUCUGCUUUGUUCAUCUGAGUGUUCAGGAACAUCUAGCGGCUCUAUAUACACACAUCUCAUGUACAAACAACUACAGAAAUGUGUUUGACCCAAUCACUAAACAGAGUUUGCUGUCUAAAGUUAAGAAUUCGUUUCAACUCAUGUUUAAAAAUGUUUUAUUAUCUGAGCUGCAUCAGAGAGCUGUGGAUGAGGCUCUACAGAGUAAAAAUGGACAUCUGGACCUUUUCCUGAGGUUCCUUCUGGGUCUGUCAGUGGAGUCUCAUAAGAUUCUCCUACAAGGACUAAUGAAACAGACAAGAAGAAAUAAAAGAAGAAUUAAAAAAACAGUUGAGUACAUCAAGAUGAAGAUCAGGUCCAUUGACUCUCCAGAGAAAUUCAUCAAUCUGUUCCACUGUCUGAAUGAACUGGGUGAUGAUUCACUAGUGGAGGAAAUACAACCAUAUCUGAAAUCUGGAAGAAUAAAGGAUGCCAAACUCUCUUCAUCUCAGUGGUCAGCUGUAGUUUUUGUGUUGCUGACAUCAGAGAAGAAGCUGGAUGUGUUUAAUAUUAAUGAAUUUGUUAGAGGAAUUGAAGAUGAAAAUCUGGAGGUUCUUAAGAAGCUGCUGCCUGUGAUUAAAGAAUCCAGAUCAGUUCAGAUGUAUGAUUGUGGUCUCACAGAUGAAGGUUGUGCUGCUCUGGCUUCAGCUCUGAGAUCAAACCCCUCACACCUGAGAGAACUGAAUCUGUCUGAGAAUAAACUAGAACAUUCUGUGAAACGGCUCUCUGCCGUACUGAAGAAUCCUCACUGUAAACUGGAGAAACUGUGGUUUAGGGACAGUGGCAUCACAGAUGAAGGUUGUGCUGCUCUGGCUUCAGCUCUGACAUCAAACCCCUCACACCUGAGAGAACUGGAUCUGUCUGGGAAUAAACUAGGAAAUUCAGUGGAACAGCUUUUUGAUGUACUAAAGAAUCCUCACUGUAAACUGGAGAAGCUGUGGUUGUAUAAUUGUGGCAUCACAGAUGAAGGUGGUGCUGCUCUGGUUUCAGCUCUGAGAUCAAACCCCUCACACCUGAGACAACUGAGUCUGUCUGGGAAUGAACUAAGAGUUUCAGUGUACCAACUCUCUGCUGUACUGGCGAAUCCUUGCUGUAAAGUGGAGACACUGGGGUUGAUGAAUUGUGGUCUCACAGAUGAAGGUUGUGCUGCUCUGGCUUCAGCUCUGAGAUCAAACCCCUCACACCUGAGAGAACUGAAUCUGUCUGAGAAUAAACUAGAACAUUCUGUGAAACGGCUCUCUGCCGUACUGGAGGUUUCUCGCUGUAAACUAGAGAAACUGUGGUUAAAGAAGUGUGGUAUCACAGAUGAAGGUUGUGCUGCCUUGACUUCAGCUCUGAGAUCAAACCCCUCACACCUGAGAUAUCUGAAUCUGUCUGGGAAUAAACUAGGAAAUCCUGGUGUGAAGCGGCUCUCUGCUGGACUGAAGGAUUUCAAACUGGAGAAACUAGAGUUGUGUAAUUGUGGCAUCACAGAUGAAGUUUGUGCUGAUCUGGCUUCAGCUCUUGAAUCAAACCCCUCACACCUGAGAGAACUGCAUCUGAAUGGGAAUAAUCUGGGACAUUUAAAAAUGAGGGUUCUUUCUGAUUUGAAGGCUAAUCCAGUUUAUAGACUGGAGAUAAUAAACUAUUGACUCUCAGUAUUUAGAUGUCAGUCCAGUUUCCUCAGGAUCAGCUGAUGGAGAAUAAGAAGCCACUACAGAGACACACAGUCAACAGAGAUUGAAGACAGAGCAAAUUUCAAACAGCGUUUUUACACCCUUGAAGGGCGCUUUGUGAUUUGUAGGGAGAAUCCAAUGAAAGUGAACACCUUCAUGAAGAUCCCUUCCACACGUCCAUUAGCGAAAGGGUGCAUGCAAAGAUCACUUCAAGGAAUUUUAUCACUUAUGGUCAUUCAUUUUAAAGCUAGAUAUUGCUGGAGAGUUGGUUAACGUAUAAAUAGAGUAAUUCAAGUUGUUUUAUUUUUUUGUUAUAUAUCGUGCACACUUUCGUCAGGCAUUAAAUUAAAUAAGUUCCAUAUGUAAGAAUUUUUUUAAUAGCAGAAAUGUUAGGACAUGUGACUAUACCUGCAGAGUUCAAAGAAGAGUUGAAAAGUUUUAUAAAGUUAAGCAGAGAUGAACACACACACAUAUGGUGUGACACUUAAUAUACACUACAGACUAGUAAUGCAAAGUGACCAAACUAAAACACUUGCCUUUUAAAUAGCCUACAAAUACAGUCUUGUCUAUUAUAACUGUAGAUUGUGAUUUUAUUUAUCAAUAUAAUAUGUUUGUCUUCGAUAUAAACUUUGGAAAAGAUUUUUACUUUGAGAAAACCAGAUAUGUGUUGUAAAUGUGCCUACCAGGAAAUCCACAAAUGAUUUCACUGAACUUCUCUGUAAAAUAUUUUUAUUAUUGAUCUAUAUUAAGGUGAUCUAUUAAAGUUUCCAUCUAAAUAUUCA